AUGUCCACCUCCCGCAAAGCGAACUCUAAGACCAACUCUACGAAGUCUAACAGCACUGGGACUGGUGGUGAUCCCAAACCCGGAAAUAGGCCCGAACUCGUCGCGACCUCACAGGUCUCGCGCUUUCACAACGAGACCCUCGAGACCCUGUCGAACGAUAUCGACCUCAAGCAGGUGCACAUUGCGAUUGGCCCGCGCAUCCUGCUCGCCUCCGCUAACCUUCGUCUUUUCCGCGGGGUGCACUAUGGGCUCAUCGGCCAGAACGGCGUCGGCAAGUCCACGCUUCUCAAGUGCAUCGGGUACAACCAGCUCGCGGGCUUCCCAUCCAACGUCCGCGUGCUUUACGUCGAGCAGCUCGAAGGCGCCGACAUGGGCAAGAGCGUCGUGCGCUACGUGAUGGAUGCCGAUCGGAAGGCUGCGCGCAUGCGCUCGGAGCACAGACUCCUGCAGGGCGCUCUGGAGGCGGGCGAUCCCGAGGAGAUCGCGCGCGCCAUGCGCGAGAUCCGCCUUGAGAGGGCAAAGGACCACCUCGAGGCUGCGGACAAGACCGCGCUGGAGAGGAGUGGAGCGAGGGGGAAGGAGGCGAGGACUGAGCUCCUCAAGCAGGAGAAGCGCGUGGAGGAUAUGGUCGUGGCAAACGAUGAGGCGCUGACCCCGGAGGAGAUCACGCGCGCGACGGUCGAGGCUCAGGAGCUACUGACGGAGCUCUUCGCUGCUAUGGAGCUUUACGGGGAGGAGACAGCGGAGGCGAAAGCACGGAGGAUCUUGAGGGGCUUGCGCUUCCCUGUGGACUGGCACGACCGCCCCCUAGGAGAGCUUUCCGGAGGGUGGAGGAUCCGCGUCGCGUUGGCGUCGGCGUUGCAUAUCGAACCUGACAUCCUGCUUCUGGACGAGCCCACCAACCAUCUCGACCUUCCCGCAAUCAUUUGGCUUCAGGACUACCUGUCCCAGCUCUCCGAUACGACCAUCGUAGCGGUCUCCCACGAUCGCGCAUUCCUGAACGCCGUCGUGGACGAGGUUAUCGUAUACAGAAACCAAGCUCUCACGUACCACACUGGGAACUUUGACGAGUACCUCGAGCAUACUGAGGACAAGCAGAAGUACCUGGAGCGCAUGGCAGCCGCCCUUGAGCGGAAGAAGAACGCGGCGGAGAAGAGCAUCCAGGCGGCAAUGGCGCAGGCGCGAAAGAGCGGGGACGACAAGAAGAUGGCUCAGAUGGCGUCGCGCAACCGCAAGCUGGACCGCAUUGGUAUGGAGGUCAACGAGAAGGGACACAGGUUCAAGCUCAACCGCGACCGCGCGGGCUACCAUACCAGCGUUCGGGACAGCGUCGAGGUUGAGCAGACAGAGCAGCCACCGACCUGGUCCAUCCCCGAUCCCACACCCCUCCGUCAAGGCGGCGCGAUCAUUGAGGUCGAACAGGUCAGCGUAGGCUACGCCAAGACCCCGAUGGUAUCGAACGUCACUCUCAACAUUGGCCAAGAUGCCCGUAUCGCGAUUGUCGGCGCGAACGGCAGCGGGAAGACGACGUUCGUGAAGGCCCUUGUCGGAGAGCUAGCACCCAUCAGAGGGAAGAUCACCCGACACCCUGCCGCAAAGAUCGGCUACUUCACGCAACACCAUGUCGACGAGCUCCACCAGUACCCUGCCGAGACCUCUGCUCUCUCCCUCAUAAAGGAGAGGAAUCCGGAGUGCACGGAGCAACAAUAUCGUGCGCAUCUGGGCAAGUACGGGAUCAGAGCCAACGCUCUCCAGCCCUUGCGCUCCCUUAGCGGGGGCCAGAUGGUUCGCGUCGCGUUCGCUUUGGCGACGUUCGGGUCGUCUCCCCAUCUCCUUGUCUUGGAUGAGCCGACGAACCACCUCGACUACCUGACGACAGAGGCGCUUUUGGAGGCGUUGAAAGAAUACAACGGCGCAGUACUCGUCGUAUCCCAUGACCAAUUCUUUGUCUCCGAGGUAGCUGAGCAGGUUUACGCGGUAAAGAAAGAAUACCAGGUCGUUGGCCGUCACUUGCCUACGGAGCAUGAGCCCACCCCCAAGAUCUACCGCAUGCGCAUCUUCGCACCCAACGAGGUUGUCGCGAAAUCGCGUUUCUGGUACUUCUUGAGGCAAUUGAAGAAGGUUAAGAAGGCCAGUGGUGAGAUCAUUGGUGUCAACGUUAUUCAGGAGAAGAAGCCCCUCAAGGUCAAGAACUUCGGUAUCUGGCUCCGCUAUGACUCGCGUUCAGGAACGCACAACAUGUACAAGGAAUUCCGUGAGCUCAGCCGCGCUGAUGCCGUCAAAGCGCUCUACCAAGACAUGGCCGCACGCCACCGCGCUCGCUUCCGGUCCAUCCACAUCCUCCGCGUCGUAGAGAUCGAGAAGACCGACGACGUUCGCCGCCCAUACAUCAAGCAGCUUUUGGUCCCCAAGCUCAAGUUCCCCCUUCCCCAUCGCGUGCAGAAGGUUCGCUCGACCUUCGUCGCACACCGGCCCUCUACUUUCUAA